GAGAAAAAGAAGAGAGAAUCAAUUUUGAAUCUGGCGAAUUAUGUUGACAAGUCCAUCCGGGUCAAAUUCAUGGGUGCGAGGGAGGUGACAGGCACUUUGAAAGGUUUCGAUCAACUUAUGAACCUUGUAAUGGACGAUGUAGUUGAAGAAUUCGAAAACGGUAUGCCUUCUCGAUCAUUAGGUUUGGUAGUUCUUCGAGGACCUAAUAUAACACUUAUAUUACCUACCGAUGGAUCU